CCUCUUAUUUUUAAAGGCACUUAUGAUUUUUGUGGUACUGUUCUUAUGUCCAAAGCUUUGACAUCAGUUAUUUCCAUUAUUAGAAGCCUGAUAAAUGUUGAUGAAGAAAUGUUUGUGUCCAGUUUGCUGUAAUAAGAAAGAAAAAGUGCUGUUCUUCAUGAGUUACUGUAUAUUUAUAAACUGCCUAGCUAUCCAAGUUGAAAUAAGAAUAUUCAUGUAAAAUAAUUCUACCCUUAAACCCCUAGUAUGAAAAUUCCUCUUCUUAAAUCUCCUCCUAGGUUCUUCCUCCAAAACAGUUGUCUGGUUAUUUUGGCAUUUGCAUGGGUGGUUCAAAAAUCUUACAGAAUGCUUGUGCAUGGAGUUGACCAAAAGGAGUUUAAUGAAAGGAUAGAACUCCUGGUUGAGUGUUUCUUAUACGUGUAUAUUGAAGGAGAACGUUUUCUUUGGGAAAGUAAACUUAUGUGAAAUUUUCUUAUUGACAUCUUUCUGUUACCUGGGGAAAUACUCAAGCUCACUGAAGGUAUUAAUCUGUACCUUCUGUUCAUGCCUUGAUGCCAUGGUGGCUCUCAUUUCUAAAAGGAUUACAUGUCAAUUACUUUUCUCUCUUUUUAAGUCUUUAAACUUAAACCUUCAAACUAUUUUUUUUAAAACUUCAACAGAAUAACUGCUUUGAGACUAGGAUGUGUCUUUGGUUGCUAAGGGGUUGCAGCGUUUAAAUACCUUCUGCAGCCAAUUGACAGAUGACUAAUAUCACAGUUCGCCAGCAGCUUACAUUUGCAGAACUGUGACCAGCUAAAAAAAGAAGGAAUGGUGUAGAAGCGAGAACCAUCUCAAUUGUUCACAUAAGGAAAUCUUGAUUAUGUUGUUUCAUCAUAAAGCACCUAUAGUGUUUUGGGAUGAGUCAUCCUCUGCUGAUUUUGAGUAGAAGGGCUGUGACAAAAGUGACUAAUAAAGUGGCUCUCCCAGCUUGCAAAUAGAAUUUGAUGUCCCAUUUUAGAUAUCCUCUGAGAAAUAAAUCACUGCUAGAAUUGGAAUCAAACCUCAAGCUUUAUUUCUCCACCCAACAGCCCAGCGAUUAAUAUAUGUAACAUGCACACACACAUAGACGAUGAGGACACACCUAUUUUGUUGGUGAUGAUGAAAGACAGAAUAUUUGGUCUUUUGCAUUGUACUUCUCUCUCCCUCUCUUUCUCAUCCCCACAAACCCAGCUGCUACUAUUUGCAACCCUGCUGCUACUGCUGCUAAGUCACUUCAGUCGUGCCCGACUCUAAAGUCAGCCAAAAAAAUAAGAAACAACAUGAAUAGAAUGUGAAAUGGUCAUUAUUGUCCUCAUUGUAAAUAGCUGCUAGUGUUAUUGAUCAGUUUCCUAUAGCUUGUUCAUUGCCUGCCUUUGCUCAAUAUCACCUCCUAAUCUAUGGUUAAAAUCUUGUAACUGAAAGAACUGCAGUAACUUUUAUUUUGUGCAUUUGUUGAGUGUCUCCUCUUUUUCUCCCUCCCCUAUACCACAACCACAUAACACUUGACACUUGGCCAGAAUAUCCAUUAACCAAAUGUUGGAUAAAAUAUAUUUGUUAGACAUGGUUUUGCCUCUCUGUGUAAAAUGGGAGAAAUCGGAACAAGUGAAGAUUAAACGACAGAGGAAGAGUCGGGUUAGUUAGGGGAACAGAAAGCUGGACUAGGGUUGAUUUCCUGGCAACACUUUCUUAGCAAAGAGAACAAUUUUAAUCAGUUACAAAAAUAUUUGUGAUCCAUAUGUUCCUCUCUGCUCGUUCCCAUAUGCCCAUAUUCCCUUUUAUCUUGGUGGAUGAUGACUUUAUGAUUCAGGAAUGCAAGAAUAAUACCUCGCUGGCUUUAGAGCACAGUGCUAUUUCCAAACGUGUCCUGGUAAUUACGCACACACUAUAUAUCCAGGCUGUUCACGCUCUGAGAUGGUUACGUGAAUAUCAGUUUGUUCUUUCUUCGUGGAAAGAAUUAUAUCUUGCAUCCACCUACUGGGGCUGGAAUAAGGCAUCUAAGGCUUAGAUCUGAAAACCGCAGGAGCACUUCACCGGCUGGAUUAACCCCACUGUGCAAAUAGGAGCAUCAGAAAAAGGAGACGGGAAGGCUGCAGUGAUCAUUGAUAACUUCAUUCUCUUUGACAAAAGGAAACCAGAAGCCAGAAAGCAUUUGGUAAAUCCAUCCAUCACAGGUGGACCAUGUGUCAGACCGUGUAAGGGAAUCACAUGGAGAUGGGCGUUUUGAACUGUUAAUGGGGACAUGGGACUCCCGUUGUCUCUGAUCCCACGUGUGGAUUUUCCCAGCGAAGAAGGACAGAAGCCGCUCCUAAGUUGCCAAGACCGGCAGCCGGACUCCUGCACGAAAGGGUGUCAAACCUUGUGAUUUUAAUUUGCAUCUGGGAGAAUGUCUGAGCCAGGAGACCUGAGUCAGACCAUAGUGGAGGAAGGUGGGCCUGAGCAGGAGACGGCCACUCCGGAGAAUGGUGUGAUUAAAUCUGAAAGUCUGGACGAGGAGGAGAAACUGGAAUUACAGAGGCGGCUGGCGGCUCAGAACCAAGAGAGAAGAAAAUCCAAGUCAGGAGCAGGAAAAGGUAAAUUGACUCGCAGCCUUGCUGUCUGUGAAGAGUCCUCGGCCAGACCAGGAGGGGAAAGUCUUCAGGACCAGGAAUCAAUUCAUUUACAGCUUUCCAGUUUUCCCAGCCUGCAAGAGGAGGAUAAAUCUAGGAAAGAUGACUCUGAAAGAGAAAAAGAAAAGGAUAAAAACAAAGAUAAAACCUCUGAAAAACCCAAGAUCAGAAUGUUAUCAAAAGAUUGCAGCCAAGAAUAUACGGAUUCUACAGGCAUAGAUUUACAUGAGUUUCUGAUUAACACAUUAAAGAAUAAUUCCAGAGACAGGAUGAUACUCCUGAAAAUGGAGCAGGAAAUUAUUGAUUUCAUUGGUGACAAUAAUCAUUAUAAAAAGUUUCCUCAGAUGUCAUCCUACCAGAGGAUGCUUGUCCAUCGCGUGGCCGCUUACUUUGGGCUGGAUCACAACGUGGACCAAACAGGGAAAUCGGUCAUCAUCAACAAGACCAGCAACACGAGAAUACCAGAGCAAAGGUUUUGUGAACAUUUAAAAGAUGAAAAAGGUGAAGAAUCCCAGAAGCGGUUUAUCUUGAAGCGAGAUAACUCUAGUAUUGAUAAAGAAGACACUCAGCAAAACAGAAUGCAUCCAUUUAGAGAUGACAGACGAAGUAAAUCAAUUGAAGAGAGAGAAGAGGAAUAUCAGAGAGUGAGGGAGAGAAUAUUUGCACAUGAUUCAGUUUGCUCCCAGGAAAGCCUCUUUGUGGAAAACAGUAGGCUCUUGGAAGACAGUAACAUAUGCAGUGAGACCUAUAAGAAAAGACAGCUCUUUCGAGGCAACCGAGACGGCUCAGGGAGAACUUCGGGAAGCAGGCAGAGCAGCUCUGAGAAUGAACUCAAGUGGUCUGACCACCAGCGGGCCUGGAGCAGCACAGACUCCGACAGCUCCAACCGCAAUCUCAAGCCGGCCAUGACCAAGACGGCGAGUUUCGGGGGCAUCACGGUGCUGAGCAGGGCUGACAGCACGUCCAGUAGCAGAAGUACCGGGAAGCUGUCCAAAGCAGGUAGUUCCGAGUCCUCCAGCAGUGCAGGCUCCUCAGGAUCGCUGUCACGCACGUAUCCGCCUCUCCAGAGCACUCCGCUGGUCUCGGGCGUGGCAGCCACUUCUCCUGGCUGUGUGACCUACCCAGAGAAUGGGAUGGGGGGCCAGGUCGCUCCCAGCAGCACCAGCUACAUCCUUCUUCCGCUCGAAGCUGCCACAGGCAUCCCACCCGGAAGCAUCCUCCUUAAUCCACACACAGGCCAGCCCUUCGUGAAUCCUGAUGGGACCCCCGCCAUCUACAACCCCCCAGCCAGCCAGCAGCCCCUGCGUAGUGCGAUGGUGGGGCAGGCCCAGCCGCAGCCCCAGCAGCAGCCCUCCCCGCAGCCCCAACAGCAGGUCCAGCCAGCCCAGCCACAAAUGGCCAGCCCCCUGGUCACUCAGGGCCUGCAGGCUUCCUCCCAGUCCGUACAAUACCCAGCUGUGUCUUUUCCUCCCCAGCAUCUCCUGCCCGUGUCGCCAACGCCGCAGUUCCCCCUGAGAGAGGAUGUGGCCACACAGUUUGGCCAGAUGACCCUGAGCCGGCAGUCCUCGGGAGAGACUCCCGAGCCCCCCUCCGGUCCCGUCUACCCGCCGUCCCUCCUGCCUCAGCCCACCCAGCAGCCAAGCUACGUCAUCGCUUCCACGGGUCAGCAGCUUCCCACGGGGAGCUUCUCUGGCUCCCAGCAAGUCCUCCAACCCCCUGCCUCACCACAGGGAUUCGUGCAUCAGCCUCCACCAACACAGAUGCCUGUGUAUUAUUAUCCGUCUGGUCAGUACCCUACCUCAACCACGCAGCAGUACCGGCCCAUGGCCUCGGUUCAGUUCAGUGCUCAGAGGGGCCAGCAGAUACCACCGACGGUGCAGCCAGCAGGUUACCAGCCAGUCUUGUCUGGUCAGCAGGGGUUCCAAGGCCUCAUGGGGGUGCAGCAGCCACCUCAGAGUCAGGGCGUGAUGAGCAGCCAGCAAGGAACUCCAGUGCAGAGCGUGAUGGUCUCCUACCCAACCGUGUCUAAUUAUCAGGUGCCAAUGACCCAGGGUUCUCAAGGACUGCCCCAGCAGUCGUACCAACAGCCACUCAUGCUACCUACCCAGGCAGGCCAAGGCUCCCUCCCAGCCGCCGGGAUGCCCGUGUACUGUAACGUCACACCGCCGACCCCUCAGAACAACCUUAGGCUGAUGGGCCCGCCCUGCCCCUCCAGCACUGUCCCCGUGGUGUCGGCCAGCUGCAGGACCAACUGUGCCAGCAUGAGCAACGCCGGGUGGCAGGUCAAGUUCUGAGCUCUCCAGCCGUGGCCCGUGUCUUCCGACACUACCGUGGCCCUUUGCGGGAAGAGGAGCCAGGUGGGCAAACUCGCUGAGGACUUAAGUAUUCACUCCACACCCAAAUGACUGCUGCUGGUAUUCUGUAAAAAAAAAAAAAAAAAGACUAAUCCACACGUUAGCUGGUUAAUGGUGCAUAUUUCCGUCAUGUCCGCUAGGUAUGCCUUUCUAGCUUAGCUAGUGACAUGAAUUCAUCAAGGUAAGAUUUUCUCCUACCACUGAAUACCACUGUGUAGACGAUACUAUCCCUAAUUUGGAUUCUUAGUUUUGUACUUUGUGUUGAGUUUGUGAUGCUAAGAAGUAUUUAAAAAAAAUUAUAUACUGCAAUCACAUUGUACCAAAGCUGUAAUGGAAAAGAAAAGAAUUGAUGAAUGGAAGGAAUAAUUUAUAUACACAAUAGAGUUUUCUUUUUUUAAUGGAUAUAUACUGUAUUGUAGUGUUUAAUCGAAAUAAAACUAUUUGACCUUAUGGAGGAAGGUCAUGUUUUUA